AGGACCAUGGAUCAGGAGAUGUCGCUCUUCCUUCCCGAGUCAGAACAACGGUCCCAACCGCAAAGGACAGAGACUCCACCACAACAUAGAACACAACCAGUGGACAGGUGGACUGAACAACCUCACUCCUGGUGGUCAUCAGAGAGACUGGGGGGGGGGGGUCCAGUCAGGGAUCCAGUAUGCAGCCCAGACCCUUCUCCUCACAGUGUGAGUGCAGAGAUGGAGCAGGGAAUGGGGCUGAUAGAUAGACCCUCCUGUUCCUAUGAUACAAACACCACAGUAUCCACGAUGAGCAGAGCAGAUCACCCUGGGAUUCAGAGGGAGCACCCCCCUAUCCACAUCGACAGGACAGCAGUGGAUAAGGUGGAAAGUUCCUCGGCAUACACAUCACAGACAAACUGAAAUGGUACACCCAUACAGACAGCGUGGUGAAGAAGGCGCAAUAGCGCCUCUUCAACCUCAGGGGGCAUAAGAAGUUUGGCUUGUCACCUAAAACCCUCACAAGCUUUUACAGAUGCACAAUUGAAAGCAUUCUGUCGGGCUGUAUCACCACCUGGUACGGCAACCGCACCGCCCACAACCGCAAGGCCCUCCAGAGGAUGGUGUGGUCUGCACAACGCAUCACCGGGGGCAAACUAACUGCCCUCCAGGACACCCACAGCACCCGGUGUUGCAGGAAGGCCAAAAAAGAUGAAGGACAACAACCACUAGAGCUACUGCCUGUUCACCCCGCUACCAUCCAGAAGGCGAGCCCCGGGGACAUGUGAAAGACGAGCCUGACUUCUCCCCUCUAUGGGCCCCAGGUGACUGAGCCCCAACUGCCAACACCAGAGUCCAAAGGGUUGCAUUCUAAUAACUAUCAUAUUAGCAUAUUAUGCAGAUAAUACAUCUUAAUUAUCUAUGUUAAAUAACUAACGCUCUUUCAUUGCUCAUCCAUAUAUUUAUAUGUAUAUACUCUUAUUCCAUUCCUUACUUAGAUUUGUGUGUAUUAGGUAGUUGUGGAAUUGUUAGACUACAUGUUAGAUAUUGCUGCACUGUCGGAACUAGAAGCACAAGCAUUUCGCUGCACUCGCAAUUAUAUCUAUGUGGCCGAUUUGAUUUGAGAAGGUAUGCAGGGGAUGUCUGGGAACUAUUCUUUAGCAGAAAUAUUAUAGUUAUCAUGUGAAGUGUCUUGGGAUAAGAGGGUAAUUAACCACAUACCCCUCAUGAAUUAAUACUUUUAACUUGUCAUUUGAAACAGGCUUGUGUAAAUACCUGUUUUUACAGCGACCGUAGGCCUAGGCUAGAACAAGGACUUGAAUAUUUACCUUACUGAGUAGAUUGAAUAAAGUAAUUAUUAUUUUCAACUCUAUUCUUGCUAACACAUUGUUCGUUCUAAACAAGUAUUCUCUGAACUUGAAAGAUAGUGAUCACGAACAGGAGAUUUGAUAUGUAACGUAAUAAUCAGUACCGUAUUUCAAAGAACAAGGCGCAUACCUUUUUCAGUUUAAUCACAGCCUUUGAGCUAUGAUGCCAACCAAUAAGAUUCUUUCUCUUCGGUGUAAGCGGAAGUGAACAGUUACCCAAAACAAUUAUCACGAUAGCGUUUUUAGUAUUGUUAUUUAGACGUUUAUUAACACCUUGGAACUCAAAAUAUGCCUAACUGCACAGAAUUACAUACUUACCUCAGGUAGUGUUUAUUUCGCGUUGGAGACAGGACUCGGUUGCUAGAUGUUCUAGGUAAGGCUAGCUAGCUGCUAACAAUGGCUAACUGUAUGGUUUUUCACACUCAAAUAGCCUCCGUCAUGGAGGUGCUAGCGAAUGCCGCUGUGGCAGAGAUCUGUAAACUCGUAGAUGACGACUAUGCAGUAUUUCGUUUGGAAAUUACUCAAAGCCAGAAAGAAAACAGGGCAUUGCGGAGGAAACUACAGCUGCUGGAACUGAAGGUGUCACGGGAGCGCGCAGAGAGGACCAUUCGUCCUAGAAGUGUCAAGAUCCUCGACCGAUACAGAGGAAUGGCAAGAGGUGAAGGACAUCUCACUCUAGGCCACAGGAGCAUUGGGAAGCCAGCCGGACACAAUACAUGGCGAGAUGGCCAACCAAUCACUGCUGAUGAGGGGAGUGGAACCUCAACCCAGCACGUUAUCAUGAUUGAGUCUGCAGAUGCAGAAGCUGCAGGUCCUGGAGGAUUAUCUCUGGUCAAGCAGGAGAGGACUGAAGGAGACGACCCACAACACAGCAGAAACAUCCAGACUGGAGCAGCGGCUGGAGUGGCGCACCCUGUAGUCACUGAGGACCUAUCCACCGCCGCCACGCCCCAGCCCAGGACCCGACACAGCAUCGCGGAGGUCAGUGGAAAGCCGAACGGCGUCCUCAAGACAGAGACGGACACAGAGACUUUAACUCUCACAAAAAGGCUCUUACACACAGGAUCUGACCACAGAUCAGACACAGAGAGACUGGGGCUGGGGAGACUGGGCUGUCCUCCUGCUCCCGCCUCAGAGUAUUUACUUUACGGUGACUUGAGGACAGUUCAUUCCCAUCUGGACUCAGGUGACACGUUAGAAGCUGGAAAUGAUCCGUCUUGUUCUUACACUACAGAGAUGGAACCUGUAAACAUGGCCUUGGGUUUAGAGACACAGACUGAUCAGUCUAGAGAGGACUGGAACCGGUACAGUAGUAGUGUAUACUCUGAAGGGUGCCUAGAUAAGAAAGGGGAGGUUAUAGUGGUAGAUGAGGUGACUGUGAAAGUAGAUGGUAAUACUCCUCCCACAUGGAAUGCAGAUAGUCACUUAGGAGAUGGAUACUCACAGGGCAGAGAUUUCUUAGAUUAUAGGGAAAGUUUAGAGACAAAUCCAAAUGUUGCGACCCACUCCCCUUUACACACGCUCAGGGAUCGCGACCCAGUGUUCACAUCAAUGGGGCCUUCCGAUUCACAUAGCCGCGUCCUUUUCGAUCAGGUAUUGAACUCAAACGAAAGGGCUAGAGCCCAGGUUCAGGAAAGGGGAGCAACAUCAGGCGGUAGUAAAAAGAAACAGUUCCUCUGUAUGUUCUGUAACAAAGGCUUCAGCUGCCCCCAGAAGGUGGAGAUCCACCAGAGGGUCCACACAGGGGUGAAACCCUUCAGCUGUGCCCAGUGUCACAUGCGCUUCGCAGAGGCUGGCACACUGAAGAGGCACCAGAGGGUCCACACAGGGGAGAAACCCUUCGUCUGCCACAUGUGCCGGGCCAGUUUCUCCCACUCAUUCAACCUGAAGAGACACCAGAGGGUCCACACAGGGGAGAAUCAUACAGCUGCCCCCAGUGUGAGAAGUUCUCCCACCAGCACCAGCUGAAGAUGCACCUAUAGGUCCACAUGGGAGAGAGGCCUUUGCCUGUACGCACUGCGGGAAGAGGUUCUCAGAGAGGAGCGACCUCAGAAUACACCAGCAGAAAAAACAUUCCACUCUAUAACAUAGAAAGUCACCAUUCGACUUCAUUGUUUCUGACGUUUAGAUCAAACCCUGCAUUAAAGAUACAUUUUAAUUGUUGUCAGCAGAAAAGAUCCACAGAUGCAUUUGGAUUAACGACAGUAACAGGUUUCAGUUUUGAAUAUAUCUGAGUAGAAUAUUUCAUCCAGGCAUUGUGUGAUAUAUAUAUAUAUAUAUAUAUAUUUAUAAGCCUAAAGAGUCUGUGACAUAUUGUGUUUGUACUGUGUAGACUAUAUGAUGUUCACAAAUGCCUAUUUCAUUACUUCCAUUUAACUACUUAAUCCCCCCCCAAGACAAUUUUAAUGAGUAUAUUAAUGCAGUUUAUUAAAUUCAUGCAGAUUUUUAGUUGAGACAUGACAUGUACAGUUGAAGUCGAAGUUUACAUACACCUUACACAUUAAACUCAGUUGUCCACAA